CUGUUCGCGUCGGUUCCAGGGUUUUUAGAUUUUAACGUCCUCUUGCGUUUUUUCUGCAACACUUACGCACUUUCCUUUUUUCUAUAACCGUGACGUGAUUAUUCCGCGCCUAUGUUUUGAACAAUACGAAUGACAACCGUCAACGCAAAUAGGCUGAUCAUUCCCCCUAAAUAAGUACUACACUAAUUCAAUAACGUCUACCCCCACUUAGCGCUGAGGUAACUGAGGUGACCUGUCAUGUCUCACUCUCAGCAGCAGACCGCCCCCGGGCCCCUCCCCACGGCCCCAGACUCCCCUGCCAUGGGCGUGACGGUCAGCGGCAACGUCACCAAGUAUGCCAUGAAGAAGAAGAAGAUCCUCAACGCCGAGGAGAGUGAGCUAUUUGAGCUGACGCAGGCCGCAGGCAUCGCCAUGGACCAGGAGGUCUUCAAGAUCAUUGUGGACCUGUUGAAGAUGAACGUGGCUCCACUGGCUGUGUUCCAGACACUGAAGGCCAUGUGUGCUGGCCAGAGGAUAGCUGAAACCUCCAUGGGAGACUCCUCCACCACCUCCUACCCCAACACCACCACAGCCCCUACAGAACCCAGAGAAGAGGACUCUGUUGUGUCUGGCCCUAAAAGCUUUAAGCCCCCUGCACCUCCCCCCACCACCUCCUCCACCACCUCCUCUGCUGGCCCCAGGCCCACCAGGGUCAACUCUAAGAUGGUCUACGACACCUCCUCUCCUCAUUCUCAAGUGCGUAGUAAAGCGGGUGCGGGCCACGGGGAGAAGAGCAGAGAGGGCUCCAGCCAGAGGGUGCCACGCCAGCCCAGCGCCACCAGGGGGCAGAAGACCACCAAGAGCUCUGGAAGCAGCAGCUCCUCCUCACAGAUCACCCCAACUACCACCAACUAGACCCCAUAGGAAGGAGGGAUGACUGAUGGGGCACCUCACAAGUCUUAAGUUGCUUCCUCUCCUCAUCUUCUUUCCUUCAUCUACGUUAACGGCUAAUUAAUCUCCUCUCCUCCGUGGUUGAAUUAAGAUAAAUGAAUAUAAGACAGUUUUUUUUAGUGAAGGUAUGAACCUAGUCCACCAUGUUGCUUUCACCUUUCAUAUGCUUCCACGUCAGAUGAGUAGAGGAGGAACCUUGUUUCAGAUACAGUAUUGAAAGUCAGAAUCCGUUUGACCUCUAAUGCUUACCUCUUGAUCACCAGUGCUGAUUUUCGACCUGCCAAAAGGCUGGGAGAAGUGCCUCUUUGGGUCCAGAGUCCAUUGGGAUAUGUUGGCGUAUAAUGGUUGGGUUGAGGAUAUGGGUUGACAGAAACGUUUUCUGGUACAGUACCAUGGGCUCAUACUUUAGAUAGGAUAUAAACCGUUCUGUCUUAUAAGAGGGGUGCCAUCUGAAAAUACUGUUUUAUAAUGAUAUGUUUUGUGAUUGUUGUUGUUUUUAUACCAUUAACAUACAUAGAAGAGUUGUCUAAAUUGCUCACCGUUACAGCACUUGUGGAACCAAACAUUUUCAUACCAUCUUGUCACAAUAAAAAAAAGAACACUUUUGGGGACCUCUAUACAAGGUGUGUUGGUUGUCUUUGUCUACCAUGCUGAAAUCCAACACAAUACUGGGGCUCUUGUUGUAAUUUCCAUUCGCUUAGCGAGAGUUACUAGAGUACAGCCAAUUCUGUUGCCUCUCUUGUCCAACACAACAGACUGCUGUUGUAUUCUGCCUGAUACCCACCAGGAGAAGGUGAGUGAAGAGGCAGCAGUUAAUGCUGCACAUGCUGGUCCCAAAAUGUUGUCAAAAUAAAAAAGAAACCUUUUACGA